CUGAUGGAUCCGAUUGUUCGGUUCUCAUUGCGCGAUUCAGUUGUUCCUCGUCGAUCGCGGCCCGCGGAAGUGUUCAUUUCACAAUCGCGCCCCACCGGAUUGUGACCCUUGAGUCUUCUGCUCACAUAGUAGCUGUGCAUAUAAUUGGAGUCGCGAGCGGAUAAAUGGAGAUCCGAGUGGGAGUGGGCGAUCUGCUGAAAAUGGGCACCAAGCUCAUUGGCCACAAGAUCGUCCAGUAUCGUCUUGGAACAAAGCAGACGAAGGUGGUCUGCACCAGGGAUGGCCAGGUGCGCGGACAUCGCCGAAGGACACUCUACGACGAGGAGAUGUACUUCGCCUUCGAGGGAAUCCCCUUCGCACAGCCGCCGGUGGGGGAGCUGCGCUUCCGAGCUCCUCAGCCACCACACCCCUGGUUGGGGGUUCGGGACUGCACCUAUCCGAGGGCCAAACCGAUACAAAAGCACUUCGUACUCAGCAUCGUCGAAGGCAGCGAGGAUUGCCUGUAUCUGAACGUAUAUUCCAAGCGCCUGAGGUCGGACAAGCCGCUGCCCGUGAUCGUGUGGAUCUAUGGCGGUGGAUUCCAGAUCGGCGAGGCUGGUCGAGAUUUAUACAGUCCAGACUACUUUAUGCAACAAGACGUCGUGGUUGUCACAUUCAAUUACAGGGUAGGCGCAUUGGGAUUCCUGAGUCUCGCGGAUCGCGAUUUGGAUGUGCCCGGAAAUGCUGGUCUCAAGGACCAAGUGAUGGCCCUUCGCUGGAUCAGUCAGAACAUAGCCCAAUUCAAUGGAGACCCCCAAAACAUAACCCUGGUGGGCGAGAGUGCGGGAGCAGCGUCCGUUCACGCAUUGAUGACCACCGAGCAAACCCGAGGGCUCUUCCACAAGGCCAUCAUGCAAUCGGGAUCCAUGUUCUGCGAGUGGGCCAAUGAGCCAAGCGGCAGGUGGGCAUACCGACUGGCCUGCCAAUUGGGAUACUCGGGCAGUGAGAACGAGAAGGAAGUGUUUCGAUUCCUUCAGAAAGCAUCCGCAUCCGAUAUGGCCGCACAGGGUAUUACUCUCGUCUCCCAAGAGGAGCGACGGCAGUACGUCCUGUUUCCCUUUACUCCCGUUGUGGAGCCCUAUAUCACCAGGGAUUGCGUUUUGCCCCGUUGCCACAGGGAGAUGCUGCCGGAGUCUUGGGGUAAUGAUCUGCCGCUGAUCCUGGGCGGCAACUCCUUUGAAGGCCUGUUCGCCUACCAGAGUACCCUGCACGACGAGGAGCACAUGCUGAGUGCCUUUGAGGUCCUAAUUCCUCGGGAGAUCAGGGGGAAGAGUACCCAAUCGCAUCUCAAGGAUCUGCUACGUCAGUUCAAGGUGGAUAACUUCGAGGAUGCGACUCGAGGGCGCAUGGAGUUCAAUGAGUGCCUGCACAUACUGUCCAUUAAGCACUUCUGGCACGGCAUUCAUCGCACUGUAUUGGCCCGCCUCAGCUACGCCCCCACUACGCCAACCUACCUGUACCGCUUCGAUGUGGACUCGCCCCAUUUCAAUCACUUCCGUCAGGUGAUGUGCGGAAAACACGUUCGCGGAGUUAGUCAUGCCGACGAUCUCUCCUACCUUUUCUAUCACAUUAUGGCCAACAAGGUGGAGAAGUCCUCGAUGGAGUACCAAACCAUACAGAGACUGGUGGGCAUGUGGGUGGCAUUCGCCCGGAACGACAAUCCCAACUGUCCACAGAUCGGCCCGACCACAUGGGAGGCACUAGAUGAGAAAGGUCCGCAGAUGUGUCUCAAUAUUGGAAAACAACUGGAGUUCAUUGUGCUGCCGGAGUCGAAACAGAAUCGGAUUUGGGAUAAACUAUACGAUAAAAACGACUUGUUUCCCAGGUUCUGGGCCAGCCGGAAUGCCCAAUUGUUAUCCGGACUCUCCACCCAUUCGCUGAGGGCACAUCCCGACUGCAUGAUAGCCUUGUGGAAGAGACCACGUGUUUGCUCCGUGGUCAUCAUCAUGUGGACAGAAGCCGAUCCUGCACUUUCUCCCAUCAAUGUGAUGUUGUUGGGGUCGCCAUUGAAGUGGGCGAUGUUCUGGUUUAUCCAACGCAGAGCCAUUACUUGGUCCUUGAGUCCCGCAUUGCCAGGAACAUCCAGCUUCGGGUCCUUUAAGCUGAGAAAUCCUGAAAGGAAGACAGGUUUUGACAUAAACGUUCAGGUGCAAACAAUCCUCACUGCCCUCGACAAUUCCCAGGAGCAUGUUCCUCUGCAUGGGCUUGGAUCGAUUGGUAGUGCAGUUGAGCACUCCUUGCCAGGGUUCCGGUGGCUGAGGAGCCUUGAAUCGGAGGUCACCCACGGGGGGCUUGGCGUACGGAAUGCCCUCGAAGGCAAAGUACGGCUCCUUGUCGUAGACCGUCUUCCUUUGGAGUCCGCGCACCUGUCCGUAUUUGGUGUCCAAUAUCACUGUGUGACCCGUGGAGAGCCGGUACUGUUGCACCUUGUGGCCCACCAACCUGUGGGAGAGAUUGUAUUAGAUCGGGGAUACUUGCAGGUGAACACGACCAGCGGACCGGUGCUCGGAAAACUGUGCACAGGUGUCUACGGCGAUGAGUACGUCAGCUUCGAGCGGAUUCCGUACGCGAAACCGCCGGUGGGGCCCCUCCGGUUCAUGGCCCCCCUGCCCGUGGAGCCCUGGAGCCAGCCCUUGGAUUGCACCCAGCCCGGCCAGAAGCCACUCCAAUUCAACCACUACUCAAAACAGCUGGAGGGCGUCGAGGAUUGCCUGUAUCUGAAUGUCUACGCCAAGGAGCUCGACUCACCAAAGCCAUUACCGCUGAUUGUGUUCUUUUUUGGCGGUGGUUUCGAAAAGGGCGACCCCACCAAGGAGCUGCAUAGUCCUGACUACUUCAUGAUGCGUGAUGUGGUCGUAGUCACAGUUUCCUAUCGCGUGGGUCCCCUGGGAUUCCUGAGCCUGGACGAUCCUGCCGUGGGAGUGCCCGGAAACGCUGGUCUGAAGGAUCAGCUGCUGGCAAUGGAAUGGAUCAAGGAAAACGCAGACAGAUUUAAUGGCGAUCCCAAGAACGUGACCGCUUUUGGUGAAAGCGCCGGAGCCGCAUCAGUCCACUACUUGAUGCUGAAUCCCAAGGCUGAGGGUCUGUUCCAGAAGGCCAUAUUGCAAUCGGGCAACGUGCUCUGCUCCUGGGCCCUCUGUACCAUCAAGAAUCUGCCCCAUCGGUUAGCGGUCAACCUGGGAAUGGAAAGUGCCGAGCACGUGACCGACGCCAUGGUCUUGGACUACCUGCAAAAAUUGCCGGGGGAGAAACUGGUUCGACCAUAUCUACUCAGCGCAGAGGAGCAUCUGGACGACUGCGUCUUUCAGUUUGGUCCUAUGGUGGAGCCAUAUAAAACGGAGCAUUGCGCGCUGCCCAAGCAUCCGCAUGAACUGCUGGACAAGGCCUGGGGAAAUAGGAUUCCGGUGCUGAUGAGCGGCACUUCCUUCGAGGGCUUGCUGAUGUACGCCCGCGUCCAAAUGGCUCCGUACUUGCUGACCAGCCUGAAAAAAGAACCCGAGCACAUGCUGCCACUGGAUGUGAAGCGGAAUCUGCCCCAGGCUCUAGCUCGACAUCUGGGCCAGCGACUGCAGGAGACCCACUUUGGCGGUAGCGAUCCUUCUUCCAUGUCGCCAGAGUCCUUAAAAGCGUACUGCGAGUACGCCAGCUAUAAAGUGUUUUGGCAUCCCAUUCUAAAAACGCUGAGAUCCCGUGUAAAGAGCUCCAGUGCAUCCACAUACCUAUAUCGAUUCGACUUUGACUCUCCCACGUUCAAUCACCAGCGCUUGAAGUACUGCGGGGACAAGUUGCGGGGCGUAGCCCACGUCGAUGAUCACUCCUACCUGUGGUUCGGCGACUUCUCCUGGAAGCUGGACAAGCACACGCCCGAGUUCCUCACCAUCGAGAGGAUGAUUGACAUGUUGACAAGCUUCGCGAGGACAUCGAAUCCUAAUUGCAAGCUCAUCCAGGAUCAGCUUCCGCGAGCCAAAGAAUGGAAGCCUCUCAACAGCAAAUCCGCUUUGGAGUGCCUUAACAUAUCGGAGAACAUAAAGAUGAUGGAGCUGCCGGAGCUGCAGAAGCUUAGGGUCUGGGAAAGUGUCUGCCAAUCAACGGGCUAGUCAAGAGUAUUAAGUGUCCUAGCAAUAUUUGUAGCUGAAAUCAAGCAAGUGAUUAAACAUUUUCAAAAUAUA